CCUACCUCUGUCACUCAAACAUGCAACUAGGCGCCCGCAACGGAAACUUGCUAACGCAGGGCAGAGAAAGGCAAGAGCAACGAUGCUCCCAUUUACCGAUGCAACUGGUGGCGAACCAGGCUCAUCGAGCUCCUGGUUUGACGCCUCGCCGCGCGGACACAAGCCCUCGCCUGCAAGCAGCAGAAAUCACUUGUCGGCAGGCGGUGACGCCACAGGCUGCUGGCGCCAAAGCUGUAGGAGCAAUUGCUGCAAGCGCACUGAAAUCGUUUGGCUUCGCGCAUGACUUUGACCAGAAGUACACGCUAGGUCGGGCUAUCGGCGCUGGAACCUUCGGAACAGUGCACCUGGCCACUGACAAGGCCACGGGGCAGGAGGUGGCAGUCAAGGUGAUCACCAAGCGGGUCAUGGGCGGAUACCUGGAGGGCAACUUCGUCCGCCGCGUGCAACACGAGGUGGACAUCUACAACCACCUGGGCCGCUCCCUCAACGUGGCCUACCUGUACGGCGCCUGGGAGACGCCCGUGCACGUGCAGCUGGUCAUGGAGCUGUGCACAGGCGGCGAGCUGUGGACGCGUGUGCAGCGGGGCAAGUACGACGAGGCGGCUGCGGCGGCGCUGUGUCGGGAGAUCCUGUGCACCGUGGCGCAGUGCCACGCCAAGGGCAUUGUGCUGCGCGAUGUGAAGCCCGAGAACUUCCUGUUCCUGACGGCUGACGCGGACGCACCGCUCAAGAUGAUUGACUUUGGGCUGGCCACCUACUGCAAGCCGGGACAGCUACUGAGCGACCGUGCCGGCUCGCCACUUUACGUUGCGCCCGAGGUGUUAAAACAGUCGUAUGGCCAGCCCUGCGACGUGUGGAGCGCGGGCGUGGUGGCGUACCAGCUUUUGACGGGGCGCUUCCCGUUCGAGGACGAGGACUGCGGCCUGCUGCUAAGCUCGCUGGACGUGCUUGGCAAGAAGCACUUCACCAACAAGGAGAUCUUCUUCGCCAUCCUGUACGGCGAUUUGGACUUCCGCCGGCCGCCCUGGGACGAGAUCAGCGAGCUGGCACGUGACUUCGUGGCGCAUCUGCUAGAGCGUGACCCCGCCAAGCGCCCCUCCGCGGAGCAAGCGCUCAAGCACCCUUGGCUCCGGCAAUUUGACGCAAGCGCCUCCGGAACCUCAGCCACGUCAUCAACGGCGUCAGUGGACGGCGGCAGCAACGGCGGCGGCGCCGCCACCACCGAUGGUAACGGCAGCGCUGCCAGUCGCAGCGGCGGCGGCGGCGGUGUCAGCGGCAGCGGGCGGCCUUUGAGCGACUCGCUUGUGCAGCGGCUGCAGCGGUUCGGCACGUACGGCCGGUUGAAACAGCUUGCGCUCAGGGCGGUGGUGAGCUUCAUGGCCACUGCGGAGACGGAGCGCAUCGCCUCGCUGGCCGCCGCCUUCCGCAGCCUGGACCCGGCGGGCCGCGGCGUGGUGCCGUACGACUCGGUGGUGGCGCUGCUCAACAACGGCGAGUGGGACCUCAGCCGCACCGAGGUGUCCCAGCUGCUGGCCACCUUCGACAUCGACCUGGAGGGAAAUGUGGACUACAACGAGUGGCUGGCCGCACUCAUAGACUGGCGCGAGGUGCAGGAGAGCGCCGGGUGGCAGAAGUACGUCAAUCAGGUAUUUGACAUGUUUGACCAAGGGCACACCGGCCGCCUCACGCCCGAGAACAUCCAGCGCGUGCUCUGCGGCGGCGGGUUGCUUGGCGCCGCUGGCAGCGGCAGCAGCGGCAGCGAGGCCGACGUGCUAGCGGACCCAGGGGGCGCGGACGCGGAGCUUGAUGAGUGCCCGUUCGAUGACGUGGUGCCGGCGGCGAUGCGCGAGGCGGAUGAGGACCACGACGGCAGCAUUAGCCGGGAGGAGUUCGUGCGGUUCCUGUCGACCGCGCCUGGAGACAAGCUGGAGUUCUACGAGAGCCGGCGCAAGCGGCUGGGCGGCAGCUCCAGCGGGAGUGAUGGGAACGGAGGCGGUGGGCUCUGACGCCAGGCAUGGCGGCGCUGGGUGGCGGCGGCAUUGAGGCCAAGGCUCCAUCAUGUCCUUGGAUUUUGACAUGCUUUUGACCAGAAGUGAAGAAGAGCUCGGCGAUUUUGGGGGGCCCAUUCGUGCGUUGUGACGUGCGUGCGGCGCGGAAGCCUUGCUACCAAGGAACCCUGGCUUGGACCUUGAAUACCUGACGCGUGUCAGUGACACAUGCCGAUAACACUUGCCAAUGUACGCAAUAAAUCGCCAUUCUGGCGGCGCCGGCGCGCAUUGCGUCAGGUCCCUAUGUAUGCAAGUACGGUACUAUUGGUGUGACUCGUUGCCAAGCUGAUGUGCGGAUGCAAGCGAAAUGCGGGAGGCGUGUUCACUUCAUGGCUUGGGGGUGCAAGACGUUGCGGAGGCAUCGUUUUUUGUGGUCCUUGGUCGUGAAGGGCAGAGGCAGCGUGACGCUUUGUCGAUGGGGACAGAACGGGCAGCGAGGACAUCAUGCGUCAACAUGCGGGCCUCCUCUGAUGCCACAUCAGAACCUCAGAAGCCCAACGAGGUUUCAAGCCCAGAAUGGAGACAUCGUUGCGUUGAAAGGUGGUGUUGAGAAACACCGA